AGGAAGAGUGAUAUUCAUUCUGUUAAAAUGAUGAUCAUUUUCUUGCUAGUUAUCUCUAUUGCUACUUUUGUCUCAGGACAAUAUAAUAUUUGUGAUGCCAAUAGAAGUCAAAAGGACAAAUUUAUUGGUUGCAUGAGAGAAACAUACAAAGCAUUCGAAAUGGCUCUCACAUGUUCUCAAUAUCUUGGCGUCAGAGACAUGCAACAAUUUAUUGAUUUGAGCUGCGAGAGAAUAAAACCCAGUAACGAACAAAAGAUGAAGUAUUUGGAAUGUCUGAAUAGAAACAUAAAUGUUAGAAAUGCUAUAUCAGAAAGCAGAGUAGAUAUGUUAGUGACGAAAUGUACCGAUUUAGCAAUGGCAGGAUAAGAAUUAUUGUAAUGACAAAAGAGAAUAUAAUGAUCUGAGAGAAGAUAAAUUGAAAACGAAUAAAAAAAAUUGUGCAUUAUA